AUGUCGUCGCUGCCGGGGCGCCGGACUCGCCAUUCACCCCCCGAGACCAGCGGCUUGUCCUCCGAGGCCCGCGAAGAACUCAGGCGCCGCCUGCAGGGCCUCAUCGAGGACAACCGGGUGAUGAUCUUCAGCAAGAGCUACUGUCCGCACAGCAAGCGGGUUAAAGAACUCUUUUCUUCUUUGGGAGUUGAAUAUAAUAUCUUAGAACUUGAUCAAGUAGAUGAUGGGGCCAAUGUUCAAGAAGUACUGUCAGAGAUCACUAAUCAGAGAACGGUGCCCAAUAUUUUUGUGAAUAAAGUACAUAUGGGUGGAUGUGACCGAACUUUCAAGGCACAUCAGAGUGGUUUAUUACAGAAGCUUCUUCAAAAAGAAUCAACAUACGAUUAUGAUCUCAUUGUCAUUGGUGGUGGUUCUGGUGGCCUUGCAUGUGCUCAGGAAGCUGCCAUUUUGGGAAAGAAAGUAAUGGUGCUAGAUUUUGUGGUCCCGACACCUCAGGGUACAUCCUGGGGUCUUGGCGGUACUUGUGUAAAUGUAGGUUGUAUUCCUAAGAAACUGAUGCAUCAAGCUGCUCUUUUAGGGCAGGCAUUAAGAGACUCAAGGAAAUUUGGUUGGGAGUAUAAUCAACAAGUAAAGCACAACUGGGAGAUCAUGACAGAAGCUAUUCAAAACCACAUUGGCUCUCUAAAUUGGAGCUAUGGGCUGUCUUUGAAGGAGAAGUCUGUGACUUAUGUAAAUUCCUAUGGAGAAUUUGUCGAACACCAUAAAAUAAAGGCAACCAAUAGAAAAGGACAAGAGACUUAUUAUACUGCUGCAAAAUUUGUCAUAGCAACAGGUGCAAGGCCACGGUAUUUAGAAAUCCAAGGAGAUAAAGAAUACUGUAUUACUAGUGAUGACCUUUUUUCUCUGCCUUAUUGCCCUGGCAAAACAUUAGUAGUUGGUGCAUCUUAUGUGGCUCUGGAAUGUGCAGGAUUUCUGGCUGGUGUUGGCUUAGAUGUCACAGUUAUGGUGCGUUCAAUCCUUCUUCGUGGCUUUGAUCAAGAAAUGGCAGAGAAAGUGGGUUCAUACAUGGAGCAACAUGGUGUUAAGUUCUUAAGGAAAUUUGUACCUGUGAUGGUUCAAAAGUUGGAGAAAGGUUCACCUGGAAAGCUGAAAGUAGUGGCUAAAUCCACUCAAGAGCCAGAAACUAUUGAAGGAGUAUAUAACACAGUUUUAUUAGCAAUUGGCCGUGAGUCCUCAACAAGGAAAAUAGGCUUGGAGAAGAUUGGUGUCAAAAUCAGUGAAAAGAGUGGCAAGAUACCAGUAAAUGACAUAGAACAGACCAACGUACCCUAUGUUUACGCUGUCGGAGAUGUCCUGGAUGGUAAACUUGAGCUCACUCCCGUCGCUAUACAGGCAGGCAAACUGUUGGCUCGAAGACUUUUUGGGGGUCGUUCAGAAAAGUGCAAUUAUAUUAAUGUUCCAACUACAGUGUUUACUCCUCUCGAAUAUGGCUGCUGUGGAUUAUCUGAAGAGAAAGCUAUUGAAAUAUAUAAAAAAGAGAAUCUAGAAGUAUAUCAUACUUUGUUCUGGCCUCUUGAAUGGACAAUAGCUGGCAGAGAAAACAAUACUUGUUAUGCAAAGAUAAUUUGCAAUAAAGUCGAUAAUAAUCGGGUGAUAGGAUUGCAUAUUCUUGGACCAAAUGCCGGUGAGGUUACCCAAGGAUUUGCAGCUGCAAUGAAAUGUGGGAUCACGAAACAGCUACUUGAUGACACUAUUGGAAUUCACCCCACAUGUGGUGAGGUAUUCACCACUUUGGAGAUAACGAAGGCAUCGGGCCUGGACAUCACCCAGAAAGGCUGCUGA